AUGGAAGGAGAUGUGAUGUCACCAGAUUUUAUACCAUCUCAACCUGAAGGUGUUCAUUUAUACAGCAGAUAUAAAGAACCAGAUGAGUAUAUUUAUGUAGAUGGAAACAGUCUGACAACAAAGGACUUAAUCAAUUUAGGAAAGGGGCUGUACAAAAUAAAGCUCACUGCAGAUGCUGAAACUAGGGUUACAGAGUCUAGAAGACUAAUAGAAAGCAUUGUGGAGGAGAAUAAAGUGGUAUAUGGAAUCACUACAGGCUUUGGGAAGUUUGCUCGCACUGUUAUCCCAACAAGUAAACUCAAAGAACUUCAAGCGAAUCUUGUUCGAUCUCAUGCAGCAGGUGUGGGGAAGCCUCUCAGCCCUGACCGUACCCGCAUGUUGUUGGCGUUGAGGAUCAAUGUUUUAGCAAAAGGGUACAGUGGGAUUUCCCUGGAGACUCUACAACAAGUGAUAGAAGCAUUUAAUGCAUGUUGCCUCCCCUACGUUCCAGAAAAGGGUACAGUUGGUGCUAGUGGGGAUCUUGCCCCUCUCGCUCAUCUCGCUUUGGGCCUAAUAGGAGAGGGCAAGAUGUGGUCACCUAAGAGCGGAUGGGCUGAUGCUAAAUAUGUGCUGCAGGCCCAUGGACUAAAGCCAGUUUCACUGAAGCCAAAAGAGGGCCUCGCCCUUAUUAAUGGGACCCAAAUGAUCACAUCCCUGGGAUGUGAGGCUGUUGAGAGGGCCAAUGCUAUUGCUAAGCAAGCAGAUAUAGUUGCUGCACUGACACUUGAGGUCUUGAAGGGCACAACCAAAGCAUUUGACACAGAUAUCCAUGCAGUGAGGCCUCACCCUGGGCAAAUUGAAGUAGCCUUUCGUUUCAGGUCUUUACUAGAUUCUGAUCAUCAUCCUUCAGAGAUUGCAGAAAGUCACAGGUUUUGUGACAGAGUCCAAGAUGCUUACACACUGCGUUGCUGUCCGCAGGUGCAUGGAGUUGUGAAUGACACCAUUACCUUUGUAAAGAAUAUUAUCACAACUGAAAUCAACAGUGCAACUGACAACCCUAUGGUGUUUGCAGAAAGAGGGGAAACCAUUUCUGGUGGAAAUUUCCAUGGUGAAUACCCUGCAAAGGCACUGGAUUACCUAGCUAUCGGUGUCCAUGAGUUAGCUGCAAUCAGUGAGAGGAGGAUUGAAAGGCUGUGUAAUCCCUCACUGAGUGAGCUGCCUGCGUUUUUAGUUACUGAAGGAGGAUUGAAUUCUGGCUUUAUGAUAGCACAUUGUACAGCUGCUGCCCUUGUUUCUGAGAACAAGGCAUUGUGCCAUCCUUCAUCAGUCGACUCGCUCUCCACCAGCGCUGCUACAGAAGAUCAUGUAUCCAUGGGUGGCUGGGCGGCCAGGAAAGCACUAAGAGUCAUUGAACAUGUAGAACAUGUUCUAGCUAUUGAGUUGCUUGCUGCCUGUCAGGGGAUUGAGUUUCUACGCCCACUCAAAACCACAACUCCACUGGAAAAAGUCUAUGACCUUGUGCGCUCUGUUGUCAGACCUUGGAUGAAGGAUCGAUUCAUGGCUCCAGAUAUAGAAGCAGCUCACAGGUUGCUUGUUGACCUGAAGAUAUGGGAUGUGGCUGUACCCUACAUUGAAAAAUACAGAAGUGAACACAUUCCAGAAUCCAGACCAGUUUCUCCUACUGCUUUUUCAGUUGAUUCUAUGUCACUGAGUAACUGUUCCCUGACUGAUCACAAUGAGUCAUAAUGAGGAUACUUCAAAAUGAUUUAUGUUCACCUUAAAUUGUGUAAUAGAGAAAAGGGAGAUUUUGAAAGUGUAUCACACGUUUGAAAGGUUUAGCUGAUCCAUCAAUUUAAUAUCUCUUUAACAAAUGCAUGAACAGAAACAAGAUAUUCUAGAAAACUAUACAACCAAGCAAAGUCAACAUUUGAAAAGUGUAGAACCUCUCGCUGUAAAAUGUAUCAGGCAAAAAAGGGAAGUUUUAUUGAAUUCCAUGAAGAACUCAUACGGUUCAUUAUGCAGCAUGUGAUUAGACACCUGUCUCACACAUGUAGAUUAUUUUAAGAGAAUGCCCUCAUUUUUUUUUCAAAAUACAUUUUAAUAACCUUAAAUACAUAAAUACAAUUUUCGACCAAAACAAUGUUGAUAAAACCUGAUCCACUAAAUACAAUGUAAAGAAUGUGGGCAUAUCGUAGUUUAUAAUGUUGUAAAAAUGUUUUGAAUGUUCAGUCCUGGAUUUUUGGUCCAGUUAACAUACAAUGUAGUGUACUGCUGUCUAAUUAAAGUGUGUCCAGUUGCUGUCUAAGUAUAAGAACCAUCCAUAAUAUGGUGCUCAGAUUUCUAUAGUAAUAAUUACUAGACUGUAAAAUAGUCCAGUAUUCUGGCAGGAAAAUCUAAACUUUGUGUACUGUACUAUAUCUUAUGUAUCUGUUCUAUUAUACAACUUAUGUGUUUUCUGUUACAAGCCUGUGAAAAUAAUAGCACAUAAAUAAAGCCAGUCAUUCUUGAAA